UCUGCCCGGCGGCCGCCUAUCCGCCGUUGCCUGGCGAAGCCUGAGGCCUGGCCGGGGCCUGCUCGCCUCUCGCCGCCGCCGCCGCCGCCGCCCCCGCAGAGAUGCCGCACGGCUUCAAAGCCGGAGACCUCGUCUUCGCCAAGAUGAAGGGAUACCCGCACUGGCCGGCCCGGAUUGAUGACAUAGUUGAUGGCGCCGUGAAACCUCCACCCAACAAAUACCCCAUUUUCUUCUUCGGCACCCACGAGACGGCCUUCUUGGGGCCAAAGGACCUCUUCCCUUAUGACAAAUAUAAAGACAAGUACGGAAAACCCAACAAGCGGAAAGGCUUCAAUGAAGGACUGUGGGAAAUCCAGAACAAUCCGCACGCCAGCUAUAGCGCGCCUCUGACAGUGAGCUCCUCGGACAGCGAAGUUGCCGACAUUGACCCCAUCGGUGGAGGAAGUGAUGUCGCAGGGGAGGAGGAGCCAGCAGUGACAGUGGGGGAGGGGGAAGGGGCGGUAGAGAAGCUGGGGAGCGAUGAUGAGUCCGAGAAAGGGAGCGACCACAGCAGCGUGAAGCGGAAAUCGUUAGCCACGAAAAUGCCGGCAGCAAAACGGCCCCGGAAGUCUUCGAGUGACCUUGACCAAGCGAGCGUGUCUCCCUCCGAGGAGAAUUCCGAAAGCUCGUCUGAGUCGGAGAAGGACAGUGACCAAGACUUCACUCCUGAGAAGAAGCCUCCACCCCGGGCUGCUCGGAGGGCACCAGCCGCUGGAUGGAAGAAAAAGCAAAAGGUGGAAUCGGGUUCUGACCCGGAAUCCAAGCCAGUUUCAGAGGAAGAGGAAGAUGGGGAGGAUGGGGAAAAUGCCAAGGCUCCAGCACCGAAAUCGGAUUCCGACUCUGACUCGGAUGAGUCUGUUAAAAAGCCAUCCCGGGGCCGGAAACCAGCUGCGGAAAAGCCCCCCCCAAAACCCCGCGGGAGGAAGCCCAAGCCUGAGAGGCCUCCCACCAGCUCCAGCAGCGACAGUGACAGCGACAGCGACGUGGACCGUAUCAGUGAAUGGAAACGGCGCGACGAGGUGCGCCAGCGGGAACUGGAAGAGAAGCGGAAACGUGAGCAGGAGGAGGAGCUGCGUCGGCUGCGGGAGCAGGAGCGGGAAGAGAAGGAGCGGAAGAAGGAGCGGGUGGAGAAGGGGGAGGUGGAGCACUUGGACAGUGACGGCGGCAGUGUGGACAGCGAGGUCCCAAAGAAGAGCAAGAAGGGGCGGCCCAAAGCCCCCUCAUCCUCAGAGUCAGAAGUGGAGAAAGAGGUGAAGAAGCAGCCAAAGAAACUGCCGUUGGAACUUGCGAGGAAGCCGAAGGAGAAGAGGAUCCAUGGAGACGAGAAGCCGCGGAAUAAGGCGUUGAGAGUUGAACGAGGCAGGAAAAAGUCCGAUGUGAUCCCUGAGAGGCGGCUGGAGAAGAAAAAAGAACCAACGAUUGAGGAGAAACUCCAGAAGCUUCACAGCGAGAUCAAGUUUGCGCUCAAAGUUGAUAACCCGGACAUCAAGAGGUGCUUGAGCGCGUUAGAAGAGUUAGGAAGCCUACAAGUCACAUCUCAGAUCCUCCAGAAACACACAGAUGUGGUGGCCACACUGAAAAAGAUCCGUCGCUACAAGGCGAACAAAGAUGUAAUGGAGAAAGCGGCGGAGGUGUACACGUGCUUGAAGUCUCGCGUCCUGGGACCGAAACUGGGGGUGAACCAGAAAGUCCACAGGGCUGACCCAGAGCAGGACAAGGGAGGAGAAGGUGACCACAAAGACAAAGAGAAGCUGCCUGAAGGAGAAAUGCAGGACGAGAGAGAGAACGAAGAGAAGAGUUCCGAUCUCCCAGCUCCUGUUAAUGGUGAGUCGGCAGCCCAGAAAGGAGAAGGCACGACGGAGAACAAGGACAGGGAUGAAGAAUGGACUUCUGGGGACCCCAUGAGAGGGGCAUCCCCCGAAGACACCCACAAUGAAGCGCAAGGCUACCCUGAGCUGGACCGGCCGGCAGCAGAGCGGGAGAGGGCCCGUGCCGACUCAGACUCUGCUGAUGAGGACGACGAGAGCUGAGACUGCCGGGGGGGCCUCGCUCGGAUCGCCAUGACGCUGCAGCACCUGGAAACUCGGCCUCUUGCCUCGCCUUGUGUUUCAGAAAUUGCUUUUUCAAGCCACGCAAUAGAUGACAUUCUAGGAUCUCCCCCGAGUCUCUCCCCCCCUCUCCCCCCCACCCCUGGCCUUUCCCACCCCCAUCCUCUAUUGCCCCUCCCUUAGAGAAUAAUGAACUUCUGGGGCACCCCCCUUGCCGCUGUUUGGUUUGUAUAUCUCCUGCGUUUUCCCUCUCCCUUUCUUCCAACCUGCACCCCACCUCCCCCUGCCUUUACUUGUGUGAUUUCAACAGAAAUGGAAAUGAAUAUAUAAAGGGUUGUGUUGUUGCUUUUUUAAUGAAAAGGCCCCAUUUAUCUUUGUCAAA